CUCGUUCUCCCUCUGUACUGCUACCCCGCUCAUCCGCUCAGACUCUCUACACAUCCCACCAAAACUUGCGCCAAACCUGCCGCACUAUGGCAUCAACAUCCGCGGAAUCAUCCACCGCCAACAAGCCCACGUUGGCGCCCUCGCCGUUCGCGGUGCCCACCGAUCUGCCCGCCCUCCCAGAGGUCGCGGGCACGGACCCCACGCGAUGCGUGCUCGACUCGUUCCGGAUCGCGAUCGCGAAGGUCGUCGCGGAUGCACUGGAGCCGCUGACCGUCGAGCAGGUCUACCAGGGCGUGGACUACGGGAAGAAGGGGGAGGAUUUCACCGUCGCGCUGCCGCGGUUCAAGCUCCCGGGCAAGAUUGAUGAGCUCGCGAAGAAAGUGAUCGGAAAGUUCCAACCAGACGAAUGGGUCGAGUCCGUCACGCACGACCGCGCCUUCCUCCACUUCCGCUGCCGAACGUCGACGCUCAUGCGCCUCACGCUCGACCAAAUCCACGCGCUCACCUACGACACCGCCUCAAAACAGCCCGAGUACGGCUCGAACUUCCUCGGGGAGGGCAAGCGCGUGAUCAUCGAGUACUCGUCGCCGAACAUCGCGAAAUCCUUCCACGUCGGCCAUUUGCGGAGCACGAUCAUCGGCGCGUUCCUCGCGAACUUGUAUAAGGCGUGCGGCUGGGAGGUCAUCUCCAUGAACUACCUCGGCGACUGGGGCACCCAGUUCGGCCUCAUCGCCGUCGGGUUCGAAAAGUACGGGUCGCAAGAAGCGCUCGAAAAGGACGCGAUCCAGCACCUGUUCGAAGUCUACGUGAAGAUCAGCGCCGCGGCGGAGGCGGACCCGACGAUCCGCGACGAGGCCGCGGCGUGGUUCCGGCGGAUGGAGGACGGGGACGAGGAGGCGCUGAAGAACUGGCGCGUGUGGCGCAAGCUCUCCGUGGGCAAGUACGCGGAGGAGUACGCGCGCCUGAACGUGCACUUUGACGUGUACACGGGCGAGAGCGAGGUCCCGCAGGCGGCGAUGGACGCGGCGCUGGGCCGCCUGCGCGAGCUUGCGCUCAUCGAGGAGGAUAAUGGCGCGCUGCGUGUGAACCUCGAGAAGCACAAGCUCGGGAAGGCCGUCGUCCGGAAGCGGGACGGAACGUCGAUCUACCUGACGCGCGACAUCGGCGGCGCGGUGAACCGCUACGACCAGUACAAGUUCGACAAGAUGAUCUACGUGAUCUCCGCGCAGCAGGACAUGCACGUCGCGCAGUUCUUCAAGGUGCUCGAGCUGAUGGGGUACGAGUGGGCGAAGAGCCUCGAGCACGUGAACUACGGGCUCGUGCUGGGCAUGAGCACGCGCCGCGGCACGGUCGUGUUCCUCGACCAGAUCAUCCGCGAGGCGUCGACGGUGAUGCACGACCAGAUGCGGAAGAACGAGGAGAAGUACAACGCGGUCGAGAACCCCGAGUUCGUCGCGACCGAGAUCGGGAUUACUGGCGUCAAGAUCCAGGACAUGGCUGCCAAGCGGAUCAACAACUACAGCUUCAACUGGGAGCGCAUGCUCUCGUUCGAGGGCGACACCGGGCCGUAUUUGCAGUACGCGCACGUCCGCCUCUCGUCGAUCGAGCGCAAGAACCCGGAGCUGCUGCCGCUCCCCGCGCCCUCGCAGCUGCACACGGACCUGCUCGUCGAGUCGCAGACGCGCGAGAUCGUGUUCCUGCUGGGCUCGUACCCGGACGUGGUGAAGACGGCGCUGAAGACGCACGAGCCGAGCGGGAUCGUGACGUUCGCGUUCCGGCUGUCGCACGGGAUCUCGAGCGCGUGGGAGACGGUGAUCGUGAAGGGCGAGCAGGACAAGGAGAAGGCGAAGGCGCGGAUGGCGCUGUACCUCGCGGCGCGCGACGUGCUUGGGGCGGCGCUCCGGCUGCUCAGCAUCAAGCCCCUCGAGCGCAUGUAGAGGGGUAGAGGGGCUCGGUGGAAGAAAACAUAGAUGUACUCUUAAUGCAUUUUCUUGCUCAUCUGGACCGCUCAAACAGACGUUGUCC